ACCAAAAAGACUAUGGAAGGAAUUCAAUGGAUUAUACUUUCAAUAUUGGUCGGAGCAUUGAUGAUACUCUGCAAGAGUUGGUUUACAAAGACCAUGGAGUUGCCGCCAGGGCCACGGAAGUUACCGGUUAUCGGCAACCUGCACCAACUAAACAAAGGUGGGGAACUAGUUCAUGUGACUUUAGCAAAAAUGGCUCAACAACAUGGAAAAAUCAUGACAGUCUGGUUCGGCGGUCAACAACCAUCGAUCGUGGUGAGCCACCACGACGCAGCGUGGGAGGUUCUGGUGACUAAAGCUUCGGAUUUUUCUUCUAGAACGCUUCCGUAUAUGUCAAAGUUCAGCAGUGCAGAUUGGUAUACUCUUGCCACAUGUAAUCUUGGUCCGUUUUGGCAAAAUCUAAGGAAAGGUCUUCAAACUACAACUCUUAAUCCUCAUACGUUUUCCGCACAAGUUCAUUUGCAAGAGAAAGAUAUUUCAAAUUUGAUUCUUGAUUUGAAAGAAGAAGCUUCUUUAAACGGUGGGAUUGUAAAACCAAUGAUUCCACUUCGAAGAACCACGAUUCAACUUAUCGGACGAUUCUGUUUUGGUGCUGAAUUUGAAGAUAAAGAUGGAUUUGUAGAAAACAUAGACACUGUGAUGGAGGAGACUAUUAGACUAAGUGGACAUGCUCGUUUAGUAGAUGUGUUCGAAUUCACUCGGUACAUACCUGGUUUCAGGCUUCUCUUCAAAGAGGCAUAUGAAUUGAAGCGUAAAAUCGAAGAAACUAUUCGUCCAUAUAUUCGUCGAUACAAAUCAUCAACAAACUGUUUCUUGCAGUUUCUCCUCAGCCAGGAGGAUUACAGUGAAGAAGUAGUCAUCUUCAAUCUUUUCGAGCAGUUCUUGCUUUCAACUGAUAGCACCUCGAACACAACUUCAUGGGCACUAGCAUAUUUGAUACACAACGAGAAGAUUCAAGAAAAGGUUUAUGAAGAAGUGCAGGAAUUAACUAGAUCUGGUCGUUCAAGGGAAGAAAUGGUGACAAUUGAGGAAGUGAGCAAGUUAAAGUAUGUGAAUGCAGCAGUAAAAGAGGUCUUGAGAAUGAAACCAAUUGCGCCCUUGGCAGUGCCGCAUCAAGCAGUCUGCGACAGCAACUUGAUGGGAAUGAAGGUGCGUAAAGGCACACCGGUGAUGGUCAAUAUAUAUGCUGUGCACUAUGAUCCAACCGUCUGGGUCGAACCGGAGAGGUUUAUGCCAGAGAGAUUCUUAAGUAAGCCAGAUGUAGCCAUGGAAAGGUCAUUGAUUGUAUUUGGUGCAGGGAGAAGAAUAUGUGCAGGAAUGGAUUUGGCGAAACUCCAAGUUGCUCUAACUCUGGCCAAUCUGGUUAACAGUUUUCGCUGGUCAUGUGUCAGUGAAGGGCAACUCCCUGACUUGUCUGAGGAUCUUUCCUUUAUUUUAAGGAUGAAGACACCUCUUGUUGCACAUAUAGUGCCUCGUUAGUUAUAUUUAUCGUACCAGUUCCAAAUAGGCUAAAUUGAAAAAAUGAAAGUAUCUCUUUUCCAGAAACGGAGGGACUU